CACUUGGUAAGCACUGCAAAAAGGCAUAAUUUUAUAAAAUUUUAAUUUUAAAUUUAUUCUUACCGUAUUUGGAACCAACUAUCACAGGGCAACCCGAGUGCAUCGAUUUUAUAUUCAUAUCGCCGGAGUUGUGGAGAUUGUGCCAGAAGACGGCCGAUCCCUUCUUGGGUGUUACGGAAACAUUGAUCAUCGGGAAAAUCGUGGCCCCACCAGAGUCUACAUCUCCCAGCUGGAAGGGAUUUCAUCUUAAGCCAAGGAAUUCGUAUUACUCUCUGACUUACGUAAAACAUACUGUGGCUAAACGAUCCCCUCUUACCAAUCGUGUCUGCCAAGAUUCAAAAAGAUGAGUUAACAGCUCAAUAGUCCCGGAAAUAUCCCACCUGGUUAAAGUGAUUGUGAUAGUCGGUGUGGAGCACAUAAUGCCCACCCAAUCCGUAGUUGAUUAGCGAGAACUCUUCGCUCAUUUCCAUGCUUAGCCCAGUCAUGUCGGUUACCCGUUCUUCGAGGGUCCUGACUACUUUCCUUUGCGGCAAAAAAAUGUUCGAGUCCUUCGAGGCUCGGAAUUCGGACAUUGUACCUGUAUCCACCAGGGAUAAAGUUUUUAACGUAGGUAUGAAGGUUCUCUACCAGCUCAUCCUCAACCUCCAGGAGCUUUAACAUUUCGAUCGAAGAAGCGGCAUAGGAUUUCUUUUGAAUAGCCUUUCCAAAUCCAAUGUAGCAAAUAAUAAUAACGCCUAAAAAGGCAAGAAUUUUAUAUAUUUGUUCUUGAGCAUUUCGGUUGUGGAACGAAGUGGCAAACGACUUGUAAACUUGGUAGGAAAUACUUUCUUUAUGUUAAAGUAGUCCGUCAAGGUCUAAUUAAAUUGGUUAAGCUACAGAUAAAAAUUGUGGUGCUCGGUGUUUUCUAAGCUUCUUUCAAAACACAUUUAAAAAAAAUAAUUUUUAUUCAAAGUUAUAUAUUGCACGUUCUUCUAUUUUAAAAAGCUUGUUUUUUUUCAACUGACUCUAAACCAAAAUAACUUAUUGUGUUUUGUGAGAGCUUAUUUGGUUAUACCUGUUUUUCUUAGUGUAAAGCUCAACUAAUAUAAUUAGAAUGUUACAAAAUACUAAUAUCAAUAAUAUCAAUACAAAGUCUAUAAAUCAUUUGCCAAUGCCAACUCCGAACGUAAAAUGUUCAGUUUAAAAUAUUUGAGCUUUAUAGGAUGUUUAUGUGCUUGUAUAAUUUGGCCUCGAGGAUUUGCCAACCCGUUCUAAAAAAUCGUUGCCGUCUCAACAGUAGAACUGAUAAAGCUUUUGGAUGUUGAGGAUGAGCUGGUAGAGAACCUGAAGGGUUACGUCGAAAUAUUGAAGAAAAAACUCCAUUUGAUCGAAAAAUCCCUGAUAACUAUGAAUACCGAGCACAACGAAAUGAGUGAUUAUGAAGCGUAUUUGGGAAAUCCUCUAAACAGCUUUCGGCUGAUAGAUCGCCUACAUACGAGUUGGAGAAAAUGGCAUGAUUAUGCCCUCAAACAAAUGAGGAUCAUUAGGUAAUACCAAUAUAUAGAACCGGGGAAAUUAACAUUUAAAAAUAUUAUUUUUUCAGUCCACAUGGAGAAGGCACGUAAUAUGAGAACGCGCUUACCCAACUCGUUAGAUUUGGAAGUUGCCUGUCGCGGUAUUAAUGACUUGAUGUCCUUUUAUAAUCUUAAGCCGGAUGAACUGGCAGCGGGUAACAGCGGUUACUCAAAGCCACAAACAGCACUCUCAGCUCAGGAUUGCCUAGCCCUGGGAGAGUUCAGCCUACAAUUGGAAUGAAGUCUUGCCGAGGCUUGGUUCAACACCUCUUUGGCUCGAUUCACAAAGGAUAACUUAGUUAUAGGCCUUAAAUUUAGCAGACAGAGAGUGCACACGUCGUGGGGAUUACUUUUGAUGAAGAAAAAUCAAUUAACUGACGCCUCUAAUCACAUCGACAAAGAUCCUAAAGAAUUAAGCCCCAGGACUGUAUCAUUACACUUUCAGAAUGAGUUAGCCACAGAGCGAAACUGCAGUGCUGUUUACAGAAAACCUAGUCGACUGCACUGUCGCUACAACAGCUCCACGACCCCCUUCACGCGAAUUGCCCCCCUGAAAAUGGAGGAGCUUAGUACCGAUCCUUACAUGGUGAUUUUCCACGAUGUGAUCUACGACAGCGAAAUUGAUUCGACUAACUCCAGCAAGUUCCUCUUAUCCCUCGUCGAUGAGGGCCAAAAGUCCGAUGUGAGAACCUCUAAGGAUUCAAAUAUAGAGGAUAUCGACAGACUAGAAAACCGUGUGGCGGAUAUGACCGGCUUAAAUAUGGAAAUGAGCGAUGCGUUCUCCCUGAAAUACGGAUUGGGUGGCCACUAUAUAUUGCACUAUGAUUUUUUUAACUUCACAAAUCAGAUGCGAAAACGGCAAGGGGAUCGCUUGGCCACUGUUUUGUUUUACCUGGGAGAUGUUGACUCUGGUGGGUUCACUAUCUUCCCUAUCAUUAAUGUUAGCGUAACGCCAAAAAAAGGAUCGGCGCUCUUGUGGUACAAUCUGCACAACUCUGGCGAUAUGAAUUUGAAGACCCUACACUCAGCCUGUCCAGUGAUUAGUGGUUCCAAAUACGUGCUAACAAAAUGGAUAAACGAACUGCCGCAAAUGUUUUCCACUCCAUGCAUGAAAAAUGCAAACCUUCACCCUGAUUAAAGUAUUUUCCGAUUUAAAUCCUUUAAAUCUAAACUGAA